CCCUAGAUACUGGUUUCCUCCUCCCCUUCCUCUCCGCUGCGCCGCCAUCACAUAAAUCCACCGCCCUCUCCCCCCCGUAAACCCUCUCUCCCUCCGGCGGCCUGCUCCUGCGAUCUGCGGACGUAGACCCGCGGAACUACUCGACAUGGCGCUCGUAUUGCAUUCUGGACCUGGAAACAAGAAUGCCUUCAAGGCACUUAUUGCUGCAGAAUACAGUGGGGUUAAGGUUGAGUUGACCAAGAAUUUUGAGAUGGGUGUCACCAACAAGACCCCUGAGUUUCUUAAGAUGAACCCCCUUGGGAAGGUGCCUGUUUUGGAGACUCCUGAAGGUGCUGUUUUUGAGAGCAAUGCUAUUGCGCGCUAUGUUGCUCGCUUGAAUGAUGGCAACCCUCUUUUUGGGACUUCUCGUAUUGAACAAGCCCAUGUUGAGCAGUGGAUGGACUUUGCUGCAACAGAAGUCGAUCCUGGUGUUGCAUGGUACUUGUACCCCAGGCUUGGUUACAUUCCUUAUUCUCAGACGACAGAGGAAACAGCUAUUGCCUCAUUGAAGAGAGCGCUUGGUUCUCUGAACACACACCUUGCCUCAAAGACAUUCCUUGUUGGGCAUUCUGUCACUCUAGCUGACAUUGUAUUGACAUGCAACCUCUACCAUGGAUUUGCACGGGUCUUGACCAAGAGCUUCACAUCUGAGUUCCCUCAUGUCGAGAGGUAUUUCUGGACCAUGGUUAACCAGCCUAACUUCAAGAAGGUCAUGGGUGAUGUCAAGCAGGCAGAGUCAGUGCCUCCUGUUCAGAAAAAGGCUGCUGCACCUAAGGAGCCAAAGGCAAAGGAUGUGAAGAAAGAAGCCCCAAAGGAGGCCCCGAAGCCAAAGGCGGUUGAGGCACCGGCAGAAGAGGAGGCACCAAAGCCGAAGCCGAAGAAUCCUCUUGACUUGCUGCCACCAAGCAAGAUGAUCCUUGAUGACUGGAAGAGGCUAUACUCAAACACAAAGACCAACUUCCGGGAGGUCGCCAUCAAAGGUUUCUGGGACAUGUAUGACCCAGAGGGCUACUCUCUGUGGUUCUGUGACUACAAGUACAAUGAUGAGAACACCGUCUCCUUUGUGACCAUGAACAAGGUUGGUGGGUUCCUUCAGCGGAUGGACCUGUGCCGCAAGUACGCCUUUGGCAAGAUGCUUGUGGUUGGCUCUGAGCCCCCAUUCAAGUUGAAGGGGCUCUGGCUCUUCCGUGGCCAGGAGGUCCCGAAGUUUGUGAUGGAUGAGGUCUAUGACAUGGAGCUCUACGAGUGGACCAAGGUGGACAUCUCCGACGAGGCCCAGAGGGAGCGUGUCAGUGCAAUGAUCGAGGACCAGGAGCCCUUCGAGGGUGAGGCCCUGCUUGACGCGAAAUGCUUCAAGUGAGGUUGCAGCUGCCUGGAGAUUGAAUUGUUACUUGUCUAUGUUUACCUGAUAUACCCUGUGAACUGGUUGAAGUUUGUGCUUUGUUAAGAAUUUUUGGCUAUUUUGUGUUCUGUCUCACGUUUGCAUCUUUUUAGUCAGUAAUCACAGAACUUUCCCAGGUUA